CAGUUGGUAAAUUUUUUAGUGUUCCAAGCGACACGGUCGAGAAGUCGCUAGCAACACAGCAAUAAGAUGUCGAAAUUUUUCCUAAUUCUUACCGUCAUUUUGGCGUUAACGUCCAACUGCUGCGGUUUGGAUAGCAUCGAAGAAGAGCUACUCGAAGACGUCAUGGAAGAGGAUCCAGUUGACGUUGACGAAAAUUUCUUCCAGAGGGCUAACCGAUUCCUUCCGUAUCCGAAUCCGUUUCCUUGGAGACGUUGGUCUCCUCUUCACUACCAGCCGAGAAGUCGAAUUCCAUUCGUCAAUUACGGUUACAACAACGCCGGUCUCUUUCGACAGUUUGACACGGCACUGGAAAAUCCCUUUGGCAAUCAAUUAGGUCUGAUGACUCCACAAUUGCCCAUCGAUAGCGAAGCGGCAGCGGCAGACUUGAUCUUGAAUUCAGGCUUACUUCAGAAUGUCGGAGAGUUCAGACAACUGGUACCGGCAGUAGCCGGAGACAGUUGCAAGUCGCCCACUACCAAGGAGAGUGGCAUUUGUUCCACCAGUGCUGGCUGCACAGCGGGCGGCGGUCGUGUCAGCGGGUCGUGUUCGGCGGCCCUCGCCUGUUGCAUCCGGGUGAUUAAUUCGUGCGAUGACGGGUUCGGCCGACAAAUCAAUACCGUUACGCUCAACAACACUUAUUGGCAGUCGCCUGUCAGGACCAUCGCUCCUUCGUCCAGCUGCUCAAUGACUGUCCAGCUGGACUCGACGCUACCCGAACAAGCCAAACAACAAAUUUGCCAAAUUCGGUUGGAUUUCGUUUUGUUUACAAUUUCUCAACCGGAUGCUGAAUCUGCCUGCAGUGGUGACUAUUUCGAAGUAGCCGGAGCCACAAACAUAGUCCCAACUAUUUGCGGAUUCAACAAUGGACAGCACAUGUACCUGCAUGUACCGCCGUCACCUACCGACGUCCAACUUUCGUUCAACUUCGGACCUUCAGACGGCGAAACUCGCCAGUGGAACAUUUUGAUUGCCAUGAUUCCUUGCAGCUCAAAAGUCCUAGCACCACCCGAUUGCCUUCAAUACUUUAGCACUCGCACGGGAAGUGUCAAAACGUUCAACUGGCGAGACGUCGAUAGCGUCGCCACCCGUCAAUUAGCCAAUCAGGAUUACAGCAUAUGUUUCCGAUCGGGAUCAGCUCAGGUAAGACAAAUGUGCGUGACACCCUGCGCUGUGGUGACAGCCCAGAAGCCUUUUAGUAUCAGCUCUCCAAUAGCUAUUCCAGCUCCGGGGGAUGGAGCUCACACGCCCGACGUGAGUCAAUUGGGAUCCCUGAAUUGCAACAACGACUACCUCGUCAUUCCGGGAGCUUUCAAUCUGGGCAAUCCGGCGGCUGUGGCCAACAUGGCGUUCGACCGUUUCUGCGGAGAACGACUCAACGCCCUGCCAGGAAACGCGGCCUCCACCACCGUUUGCACCACUGCGACGCCAUUCAGAAUGCUCUACCGGACCAAUCGCGACGAGACAUUGACUACGCCGACGGUUGAUACGGCCGGAAGCGGAAACCGUGGAUUUUGCCUCAACUUCCGAAUUCAGUAAAA